CUUUUCUUUAACAACAGAAAAUGAGAAAAAAAAACCAUGUUGUCUAAUAUACUCUUUUUUUCCAGCUUGAGGGUAUACCAUUUUCUAUCGUCUUCUUUUCAAUCAUAAAGAGUUUACUGCUACAAUUUCAUUGAUAAUAAGCUAAUGUUAGAAGUAUUGACAACGGUGACAGGUUCUUCUCCUGCAGCUUCAGAAACCACUAACGUUUCUGCCAAGCAUAACGAUGUAAAUAUUGAAGAAGAUACGCACAGCAAUAAAUUGGUGAAUAAUAGUAUAACAAACACCACUGCUAAUAAACGACGUCAACAGCACAAUUCAUUGCGUAAAGGGCUACUGCUCUCAAACUUUGAUAAAACAAUGAUUGUUGAGAAAGCACGAUUUGAACCAACCAGUUUAAUUGACGAUAUACCUAAAAUUGACAUAACGCCUUCCUAUCCUCCAAUGAAUACCCAUAUACCUACUACUACCACUAUGGAUAACAUUGCAGGUGCCAAUAAUAACAUCACUAGUAUUAAUUCACCGAACGAUAACCGACAGCAGCUACAGCAACAACAGUUAACUGAUAUGCCAGCCAUCAACCUCGAAGCCUCGGCAAUCUCACCACAACAAUCGACACACCAGCCAGUACAACAGCAGCCCUCAAAUUUACUCACACCACAACAGCAGCAGCAACAGUAUCAACAUCCAAUGCCAUCUCAUACAUUAUCAUUACCUUUACAUUCAAAAAGUUAUGCUCCAACAACUUCACCUUCAGCGCCGGCUUUUAGCGCUACUUCUAUGAUGGCACAUCAAUCGCUGCCUCCAAUAAAUAUGUCCAGUCAAUUCGCUCAUGACAGUAGUAAUAAAAAGAUGCGUCAUACUCACGGAAGAAGUGAGUGUGGUAGUGCAGGGAUAGCACGUCAAAACAAUAAAAAGUUGGCAAAGAAACAAUCGAAAUCUACACUGCAUGGUAAUGCUAGCCCAGCAGAAAUAUUCCAUAAGAACCUUGUAGACGCCGUAUCCAACGUAGAAGACUCUGACGAAAAUGAACAUUAUGUUUACCCUUACGGCGUCGGGAAUGAAUCUGUCACCUCUAUCAGUGCUAGCGCUUUGCAAAGACCUUUAUCUACUAGAUCAACUCCUGCUUUAUUGCCUCAGCACCAUCAAAAUAGUAAGAAAAACUCUACUAAUACUACUACUUCUUUAUCAGCCACGAGCAAAGGUGGGUUUUUCAGUGAUUUCUGGUUACGACAAACAUUUUCUGGUCAUAACAACAAUGAUAAUACAGCAAGAGAUGAUGUUGUGGAUGAUGUGGAUGAAUAUGGCUCCUCAGACUACGAUUAUCAACACAAUAGAAGACCAAAGUUAAGAAGUUACGUCAAAGAUCAUCACUCGUCAUCGUAUUAUCACUCUCAGCAACCACAGCAACCACAGAACAGUAGCAAAUUGAGCUUAUUUAAUUUAUGGCGGCAAACAGCAACUGCGUCUAGUAAAAAAUUCUAUCCUUAUUACCAGAGCAGCAAUCCAUCGUACUUGAAACGAUAUCAGCAGCAACAUAUGCAUUAUGUAAACCAUAUCGGUGGCUAUACAAGCGAUGAGGAGGAAACACCACUAUUGAGAGUCUCGCGCAGACAGCAAAAGAAGCAUUACGCAACUAAUAAGAAAAAGAAAUCAUGUCAAAAUAGGUUACUCGGGAAGGUCAUCCUUGCACUCCUUCUCUUCAUGAUGACAGCAGUUAUGACUAUCAUAUACGUUGCUCAGCCUUUAACAGAUAUCACGGUUGACAUGGGAAGGGUACUUGCUACGGAUAAAGAACUGAUUUUCGAUUUGAAAGUACAGGCUGAAAAUUGGAAUUGGUGGACUAUUCAUGUUGCCGAAGCUGAUAUAAGUGUCUUUGCCUUCAGUAAAAUCGUUCCAAGUCGAAUCAUUACCACGCUAAAUGCUAAUGAAAGCGAGGGUUCAGUGUACUUUAACGAAAGCCAGGUGAGGGGUGUUGAUCCAGCAGAAUAUUUAGGUGGGUUAGAUCAUUUUGACGAGCCUUUAUCCAUAUUAUCGAAUCAUUUUUUCCCACCACCUGAAGAAGCUAUUACGCAAAUAAGGAUCAAAUCGCCUGGUGCAGAUACAAGUGGAAAUGAGAGGUGGUCGCGUAUGAUUCGUUAUCCAUAUGGUUUAGUUGUUCGUGGAGUCUUGAAAUACAAACCUAUACCACCUUUUAUUAUAGGCACCUAUCCUCAAUCAGUAGCUAUUUGUAAUGUAUCACAAGUGGAUCCAACUUCUGGUAUUGUAUCUACGGAUCCUGAUAAGACGAUAUGCUCCACAAGUUCGCCUGAUAGUGCUAAUGAUGAUGAUGGAAAUAAAAGAACAAUAUUAUUCUAAGAUAUAAGCAUGAGCUCCCAAUGAACGCAGUUGUUAUUAUGUUGAGUUAAUGAGCCUGAG